ACCUUCCUUAAUAAAUUGUAGUGAAGCUAACCCAUUCAUCACAACAAAAACUCAUUCUCUCCCUUCACACCAAACACACACACUCCACUUGUGUAUUACGUUUCGGUUUUGUCUUUUUUCCAGAAAAAAGAGAAUGGAGUUUUGGACAGAAAAUUUUGUGAUGAACAAUGUGGGGAGAGAGUUUGUAGCAGGAGGAUUUGGAGGCACUGCUGGUAUAAUCUCAAGUUACCCAAUGGAUACAAUUCGUGUCAUGCAACAACAAUCUGGCAAUGCAUCUGCUAUUAGCAUCUUUAGAAAUUUGUUGGCUAAGGAAGGACCUACUGCUCUAUAUCGUGGCAUGGCUGCUCCAUUGGCCUCUGUUGGUUUUCAGAAUGCUAUGAUUUUUCAAAGUUAUACAGUUUUCACAAGAAUGUGUAGCCUUUCUACUUCUUCCAAUGGACCUCCUUCCCUUGCAAAUGUUGCUUUAGGAGGACUCGGUGCAGGUGCUCUUCAAAGUCUGUUGAUCUCUCCUGUUGAGCUGAUUAAAAUUCGCCUUCAACUACAAAAAAACAUUGGUCCUUUAUCUGAAAACAAAAAGAGUGCUCCCAUGAAUCUGGCUAAGAACAUUUGGAAAAAUGAGGGACUUUGCGGCAUUUAUCGAGGAUUUGGCAUCACUGUUCUUAGAGAUGCACCUGCUCUUGCCUUAUAUUUUGGAACAUAUGAGUACACAAGAGAGAAACUUCAUCCUGGUUGUAGAGAAAGUUGUCAAGAAAGUGUGAGUACUAUGUUUAUAGCAGGGGGAUUGGCAGGGAUAGCUAGUUGGCUUUUCAACUACCCUACAGAUGUUAUAAAGACAAGAUUACAAGCUCAAACAUCUUCUUCAUUGAAAUACAAAGGCAUCUUGGAUUGUACCUUGAAGAUAAUCAAAGAAGAAGGUUCAAUUGUGCUAUGGAGAGGUUUAGGAGCAACACUUGUUAGAGCAUUUGUUAUGAAUAGUGCUAUAUUUCCUGCUUAUCAGGUUGCUCUAAGGUGUCUUGACAACAAUUAAAACAUUCAUCAAAUUAUAAAAGCAUUGAUUACUCCUUCAAUGGUUGAGGAGAUAAAUAACCAAAAAGAUUGCAAUAAAAAGUUAUUCAUAGA